UACUCCCAAUGCGUGACUCACCAGACACGUUCAAAACGAAGCACGAUUUAUAGAGAUCGCGAUAAUUAGCUUAUUGAAUCCGAGAAGUUUUCUAUUCCAAAGAGAAUCGUCCCCCAUUCAGCAGCAAUGUGGACCUAAGUUUCUGGUUGUACAAGAAAGAUGACCACUAACCAAAGACACAAAAAACAAACUCGAAGUUCUUGAAUAAGAAGUUGUAGAAACCAAGGCCAAGAAAUCAUAACAACAAACAGCAGUUUCUUUAACGACCUCAUUGUCUUUAUUCCAGAUGUCUUCUGAGGAUAAUUUUUAUGGAUUAAACAUAGCGUACGAGGAUCUACUUUUGUAUUUCGCGAUAGCUUUCUCGAGCGUGGUUGUGGUAGCUGCUAUCAUUUUACUUGUCCUGGUGUGCGAAGCGGAAAAAAGGUUGCAGAAAAUAAAAGAGCAAAGGGAGAUUGAGAAGGGGGAGGAUGAGGAUUACGUGAAGAGAUUUGGUCUACCUCUGCCACCCCGCGAAGAAAGAUCACACUCAAUGGCAAAUGUUUACUGGCGCGAUAACUGGAGUAUUGCCGACGAGGAUCCGUUUCAAUCCCGAGCAUCAGCCGACUUUAUCAUCAACGAUGUGCAGCGCAUGGUCCCUCUGCCUCGUGCGACCGCACCUUCUCGGGAAGAACUCGGACAAGAAAUCGGAUUCGACAACAUUAGAUACAGCAUCGAUGACUCUACUUUGCCUAAGAAAAAAAAUGAUACCUCGCAAUUGUAAUUGAAUCUAAAAUGAAUGUCUGAGGGGGGGGGGGGGGGGGCUCUUUGAGAAAAAUGCAUGCAUUGCCUUCUGGUCUAACAAAUCCUGCAUCGCUUUUUCAAAAGAAGAAAAAAGACCCAUUUCCUGAUAAAAAAAAUCUGCACGCCAGAUGUAGAAAAAAGUUCUGAUCCCCUGACUUCUUAAACAGGCGACAAUGACGUGACUAAAAGGGGGAAUUUCGCAACUGUUAGAAGAUAACUAGAUGGAGAUGGUAUCAUUAUAUUUAGCCAUUAUAGACUUAAUGUGCUUUCUCCAUCUUUAAAUAUUUCGUGAAAUCGAACCAAACCAGUUUUUUAGCUCCAUCCAUCAUUCCAGGUAGAUGACGUGACUAGAAGACUGGAACUUUGAUGGCGUUUAUUUCGUAGAAUGAACAGGAAGCUAACCAAUCGGGAUGUAUUACUUGAUUGACAAAAGACAGACGAUAGAUUAUCUAGCAAAUAGAUCUCAUUUAUUUGCGUGCGUCUGUCCUCUACUCUAGAUGUACGAUGAUGUAACAGCAUGUCAUGAACAAAACUGACUGUUCUUCAUGACAUGCUAUGACGUCUUCUGUGCAAGGAUAGACUA